AAACGAAUUCAUUUCAUCUCUCAAAGCCAUAAGUAGAAUAUUCGUGUAAAUAGGAAAAACAGGGACAUCCCCAUAUCGUAUGUUAGAAUGGAAUGUGCCAAAUGUACGAAUGAGGCUGUGUGACCACCUCCUGCAUCAGUUCGAGACAGAAGAGAAGUCGAGACCAGUAGUCGAGACCAAACUUCGUCAGGCAUUUACAGUGGUUUAGAGACAACUUCGAGUCAUCAUGGCUUUCCGUCACAUCCUGGUGAUUUCUGUCGUCCUUUUUGCCGUCUUCAGUAUUGAAGGACUGGCUGAAGGACGCGCUUUGACUGGUGCAUUGGAGGACGAGAGGGACAUCCGUAGUCUGGCCUCCCCGGACAAUGUCAUCCGCCAUGUCCGUGCACCUGACUCCUCCUCCGACGAAUCCUCCUCCGAAGAAAACUCCGAGGAAGAACUGCGCAGAAGGCGUUCCCCUAAAGACUCAUCCUCCUCCUCCUCCGAAGAGUCCGACUCCGAAGAAGAGUCCGACUCCGAGGAUAAAGAGCGCAGAAGGCGUUCCCCUAAAGACUCAUCCUCCUCCUCCUCCGAAGAGUCCGACUCCUCAGAAGAGUCCGACUCCGAGGAUAAAGAGCGCAGAAGGCGUUCCCCUAAAGACUCAUCCUCCUCCUCCUCCGAAGAGUCCGACUCCUCAGAAGAGUCCGACUCCGAGGAUAAAGAGCGCAGAAGGCGUUCCCCUAAAGACUCAUCCUCCUCCUCCUCCGAAGAGUCCGACUCCGAAGAAGAGUCCGACUCCGAGGAUAAAGAGCGCAGAAGGCGUUCCCCUAAAGACUCAUCCUCCUCCUCCGAAGAAGAGUCCGACUCCGAAGAAGAGUCCGACUCCGAGGAUAAAGAGCGCAGAAGGCGUUCCCCUAAAGACUCAUCCUCCUCCUCCUCCGAAGAGUCCGACUCCGAAGAAGAGUCCGACUCCGAGGAUAAAGAGGUGGCCAAAAGGGAUGUCUCCUCCAAUCGGUCCUCUAUGGAGAAUGUCAUUCGCCAUGUCCGUGGAGGAGCGUCCGACUUGGAAAGAUCCCGCCGCUUUAAGUCCCGCUCCAAGUCCCGCAGCGAGUAAAAGGAGUGAUGCAGCUACGCAUGCUCAUGCAGCAAGAGCCGCCAUCUUCCCUGCCUCCGUGCUAACACUGCAUCACGUGACAAGCCUCAUCAUCCAAUCACCGCCCUUCUUGUAGAACAUGAAUAACAACCAGCCAGUACAUUUCGUCCAUAACUCUUCAUUGUAAUUUCAAACUUGAAGCUUUAAUUUCCGUUAGCAAUGUGAUACUUACAGACAUGUAACGUUACAGUUCUUCUGUUUGUGUUUGUAUACGCGCCAUCACCUUCUGCGACUUAGCUCACAGCUUCACAGUUUGGUAUGUUUUGGAAUGUCGCUUGGAUAAUGUUGACUUGCAGUUAAUAAACCCAGAUGUGCGGCCGA